ACCAUCGUUUCCGUUGCUUGUCGUCGAAGCGCCUAUUCCGAAUACGAACAUCCAAUGACGUCCAAACAGUGUGUCUUUUCUACGGAAUAAAAUUUCUUCAAACAACUUGCAAUCACGAUCGAGACGCCAGUUCGAAUAAAAGGAAUAGCCGCACGAAGAGACAGUCUAAUUGGCGAACGAUCAAGAUUCGUAAUAACCUUGUCUCAUUUUACGAAAGCUAUUCUUGCCAACAUUUUAUGAGUGUUAAUGUUCAAAAGCUGCCGAUAAAUGCGAGUCAGCAGAAAUUUCAAAAUAUUAUAAUUGCAGUAGACAGAUCGGAAAAAUAUCCAUCACAUUUAAAAUAAUUUGAAUCAUAUAGUCUGGCAUAAUGAAGCAGAAACUCCAUCUCACAAAUAUAACGUGCGAUCAGGCGAUCGACGUCAAGUUCUUGAAUUUGUCGUACACGGUUCGGACUAGAUAUCGCGAACCGAAAAAGCACAUCCUCAAAGGCCUAAGCGGAAUCUUCCGAUCCGCCGAGCUGACGGCUAUCAUGGGACCGUCCGGUGCCGGCAAGUCGACGUUAUUAAACAUCUUGAGUGGCUUUCAAGAAGGCUUGUACAUGGGAACGGUGACGUACCUCAACAGAGGCAACAUACAAAAUCGCGACACUUGUAAGAAACAGCUGCGUUAUAUUCAGCAGAUGGAUGAUCUGCAUGGCCACUUCACCACCCAGGAAAUCAUGAUGAUAGCGAGCUACCUGAAGAUCAAAAGUAUCUCGCACAAGUCAAGGCAGAUGCAGAUUGAUGAUAUCUUGAACACGCUGACGUUAUCGGACACCAAGGAGACCCGAACUGACCAGCUGAGCGGUGGUCAGAGAAAGAGACUGAGCAUCGCCUUAGAGAUGAUUGACAAUCCACCGCUCAUGUUUUUGGACGAGCCGACCACCGGUCUGGACUCUGUUACGUCUAUCCAGUGCGUGAACGCGUUUAAGACACUGGCGCAAACUGGCAGGACGAUCAUCUGUACUAUACACCAGCCCAGUGCAGCACUCUAUGAGAUGUUCGAUCAAAUUUACUUAGUGGUGGAUGGUUACUGUAUGUAUCGCUCGCCGCCCGGCAAUACGGUCAACUACUUCGCCCUGCAAGGCCUCCAAUGUCCAAUGUAUCACAAUCCCGCGGACUACAUGCUAGAAGUGGUGUCUAAAGAGUACGGUGAUUACGACGAACAGUUGAUCGCGGCGGCCAAGUGGCCCAUUGAGUCGAACAACGAGAUAAAUUCUAUCACAUCGUCGCGCGACAUGGUCCAGAAGAUAUCCGACAACGAUCAGAUGGUUGCAUUGAGUCCGCCCACGGAACUGAUACGAUUCUGGGUGUUACUGAAGCGCUACAUGCUUUUGACAUAUCGUAAACGCGAUACGGAGUAUAUAUAUCUAUUCUGUCACAUAUUCGUAUCCCUAUUAGCGGGUAUGAUUAAUGUGCGCGCUGGCAACGAUGGCAGAAAGGUAUUCAGCAACAUCUCCUGUCUGUUCCAGACCGUUGGGUACGCGUACUAUAUUGGCUUUUUACCGGCGGUACUAAAGUUCCCUUUGGAGAUCAAUAUUUUGCGAAAUGAGCACUUUAAUAAUUGGUAUCAGAUGAGAACUUGUUAUAUGGCCAUGUUAGUGAGCACAAUACCGUUGCAGUCGGUCUACAUCUUCCUCUGCACUUUUAUCGUCUACUUGAUGACCAAUCAACCGUAUGAGUUCUUUCGCUUCUCUAUGUAUUUCUUCGUACACAUCUUAACUCUCUUCGUUUCUGAGGGUUUGGGCUUAGGAUUAGGCGCGAUUUUCAAUCCUGUCAACGGGAGCUUCGUCGGAUCCAUGAUCUUUUGCAUCAUGUUAAUGCUCGCCGGCCUUUUUGACUUUUUUAAAGACAUGCUUCCACUCCUGUACUACAUCAGCUACUUGAACCCGCUACGGUACGCCUUCAAUGGUGUAGUUCAAUCCAUCUACGGCAAUGGUCGUGAGAACUUACAAUGUCCGGACAUUUACUGCCACUUACGGGUGCCGAGUACGAUAUUAGAGAUGCUCGACUUUGCUAAACCAUUGUUUUGGUUCGACAUUACUGUUUUGUUCGGCUAUUAUGUUCUGUUUCGAAUUUUGGCUUAUUUAUUACUAAAGAGACGACUAUCGAAACUGUAUUUAAAAAAUUAGCAUGUGAAGUACCCUUAUAGAAAUAUCAUACUAAGAAAUAUUGAAAAAUUAUUAAUGAUUAAGUA